AUGGUGAGUCUCAAUGUUUCCCUUUUUCUCUUCUUUCUUUUCAAAUUCCUUGUUUCAGGUGAUUUUCCGACUCGGUCGAUUAUGGCAGGAGAAUCCUAAAGGUCCCGGAAUUGUAUUAGUUUUGCCUUUUAUUGAUUCUCAUAAAACAGUCGAUUUGAGGUAAUUUCUUUAUGGGUAAUACGGGUUUCGGAAGCAAUAUGGAGCAAUUUGUAGAGUUAUGUCCUAUGAUGUGCCUACGCAGGAGAUGUUGACAAGAGACAGUGUAACUAUUGGAGUCGAUGCAGCCGUAUAUUACAGAACCAGGUUUUUGGCUCGAAUUCCUCAUGUAUAGUGGCAAUUUCAGUGAUCCCGUUGCAAGUCUUUCCCGUGUACAUGAUGCACACAUGUCAACUCGUCAAUUAGCCCAGUCUUCUUUGCGAAACGUGCUGGGAACUCGAACUUUGGCAGAACUCAUGACGGACCGACAUGGUAUUGCCGUGCAAGUAAAAUGCAUUCUGGACAGUGGUAAGUGGUAAUCUCACAUUUACACUCAAUAUCUUCCUAUGUUCUUAUAGCGACACUGUUUUGGGGUAUUCAUGUGGAGAGAGUCGAGAUUAAAGACAUACGUCUUCCGCGAGAAAUGUGCAGAGCGAUGGCAGCUGAAGCCGAAGCUCAGCGCGAGAGUGACGCAAAAGUGGUGACCGCCCAAGGAGAGCUUGACGUAAUUUCCUUUCGCACGAACCAACUCAUCUGAUAGUCGGAUUUCAGGCAUCGAUGGCGUUUCAAAAAGCGGCCGAUGAGCUGGCCGGAUCACCGACGGCUUUGCAGUUACGGUAUCUUCAGACUCUGGUCAAAAUCUCGGCACACGACAAUCAUACCAUAGUGAUACCUUUUCCGUUAGAAUAUCUCAGAAAAAAGUUGAAAGCGAAAUGA